UGAUGGUCAGUCCCGUCAAAGACAUUUACACCUGAUCCUCUGUAACUCAUAUGCAGUUGCAUAAGUAAGCGCAUACAGGUCAUUUAGCUGUUUCUUUCCCCCUUUUAUUCUAGACAUUUGGGCGUAGUAGAAGAUGUCCUGUAUGAGAGCUGUGAGAGGUCUGGCACUCGCCGGUGACUUUCAGUCUCUCGCUGUUUUAUCUCGCCGUGUCAGUUUCUCUCCGCGCCAAGUCGCAUCGGAUGCCAGUUUUCACUCGGUGUCCUUCUCUGAAUCUGAUCAUCCCAGAGUUCUCAUUACCGGAGGUCUGGGUCAGCUGGGAGUAGGGCUCACCAAACUGCUCAGGAAGCAGUUUGGAAAAUAUAAUGUAAUUCUGUCUGAUAUCAGGAAACCUCCAGCUCAUGUUUACCAAAGCGGUCCCUUUAUAUAUUCGGACAUUUUGGACUACAAGAACUUGCAUGAGAUUGUUGUAAACAACCGCAUCUCCUGGUUGAUACACUACAGCGCCAUACUGAGUGCAGACGGAGAGGCCAAAGUGUCCCUCACUCGUGAUGUCAACAUCACUGGGUUGCACAAUGUUCUUGAUGUCGCAGUAGAACAUGGGCUCCGUCUCUUCAUCCCCAGCUCUAUUGGAGCCUUUGGCCCCAUGUCCCCUCAUAACCCAACCCCGGAUCUGUGCAUCCAGCGCCCACAAACCAUUUACGGAGUGUCCAAGGUUCACGCAGAGUUAAUGGGAGAGUAUUACCAUCACAGGUAUGGUCUUGACUUCCGCUGUCUCAGAUACCCUGGAAUCAUUUCUGCAGACUGUCAACCCGGUGGAGGAACUACAGACUAUGCUGUUCAGAUCUUCCAUGAUGCUGUGAAAACGGGUAACUGUGUGUGCAAUCUGAGGCCGGACACGAGACUCCCCAUGAUGUUCAUCGAUGAUUGUCUGAGAGCCACGCUGGAGGUUCUGGAAGCUCCUGCUGAGGCGCUGUCCAUGCGAACAUACAACAUCAGCGCUAUGAGCUUCACUCCAGAGGAGCUGGUACAAGAAAUCAGGAGGCACCUGCCAGACCUGCAGGUCACCUACGAGACUGACCCAGUGCGACAAGCCAUUGCUGACAGCUGGCCAAUGGUCUUUGACGACAGCAAUGCCCGCAGUGACUGGGGCUGGAAACACAACUAUGGUUUGCCAGAGCUGGUUCAGACGAUGCUCAACUUAACUGGCUCAAACUUCAGAAUGCUUCAAGGCAACUGAACAUCAUCUGUCAUCAAGUGUCUGAGUUUAUCUGAGGUGUUUGGGUCCUAAUGGAACGAAUGGCAAUUGGGCUUUGCAGUAUACUAUGUAACACACUGAGUUUAUGAAGGUCAAACUUUCUUCAUUUUUCCAUAUGUAGCACAUAUUUGCACACUUUUCCUGGUGAAGUAAACCAAACAUUUACAGGGUUAUUUAUAUCCUUAUUCUCUUCAAUCCUCUUAAUAACCUCCCUGAUUUUAUAUUAUUUAAGCCUAAAUUUGUUUUGUGGAAUCUUUGUUCUUUAGCAAUCAGUUUAA